CUGAUCAGCUGAGUUUGUUUUGGUUUCGCUGGCCGAGAUAAAAGUCGGGUUUAUUUUUUCGUUUUAUUUCCUCAUGUGGUCUUUCUUCAUAUGAAUCUUAUCAAAGUUUUUUUCUUUCACUGUGCGUUUUAGUUUCAUCUCCCUUUACUUUCUACUUAAUUUCCACGAUUUUGGCAGCCACGUAGGUUUUUACGUGAACCAUUCCCUUACCAGAAGUUUGCUUCCAAUUCCAAUGCGAUUUUGUAAACUUUAUGGUACCUAAAUCACGAAAAUGCACGAUAGAAUCAUCAACGUUGAUCAUAAAGAUGCCUUUUGUGCUAGAAGGCUGAAGUUUAAAUCAACAUCAACCACAGACUCGGAAUAUGACAAAGCCAAACUCCGGGAGUUACUUUUCUCUCGCCCAAGAUCCCAGUCAGAUCAUGACAUCACCAAAGGGUGCGAAUUGUCUGAUUCAUCUACCCCGUCUUUGGGAAGGUUCAUUGGUAUGGAGCUCACCAGGAACUACGUCCUGCAGAAUGAGGAAGAUCAAUACUCCGCCAGAAGGGAGAAGGUCUAUUCUUUUAUGAAAAUACCUGUAGAGGUGGAAAAAUUCAUGGGUUAUGGUUUCCUGCAGUGUGCUGAUUCUUUUUUGUUCGUUUACACGUUUCUGCCAAUCAGAGUGGUGAUAGCAGUCUGGAUUUUUCUAACACAUCCAUUCUUCAAAUGCUUUGGGGUUGGUGCCAAACGGCGAAUUCGGCCAGCAGAGACCUGUGAUCUCUUAAAAGCUAGUAUUCUAGUGGUCUGCAGUGGUUUGAUGUUCUACAUUGAUACAUCAAUGAUGUAUCAUCUCAUCAAAAGUCAAUCUGUAAUCAAACUGUACAUCUUCUACAAUAUGCUUGAGGUGGGAGAUCGAUUAUUCUCCGCAUUUGGACAAGAUAUUAUUGAUGCUCUAUUUUGGACAGCUACGGAAACAAAAGACAGUGGCAAGCAGCAUCUAGGGGUCAUUCCUCAUUUGAUAUUUGCUGUAAUCUAUGUCUAUCUUCAUGGGCUCCUAGUCUUGUGCCAAGCAACUACUCUAAAUGUGGCCAUCAACUCUAGUAAUAAAUCGUUAUUAACCAUAAUGAUGUCCAACAAUUUUGUUGAACUAAAAGGAAGUGUCUUCAAGAAAUUUGACAAGAAUAACCUAUUUCAAGUGGCCUGCAGCGAUGUUCGAGAGCGAUUUCAUUUAUUUGUUCUACUUUUCGUAGUUGUUCUCCAAACCAUGAAGGAGUAUGUCUGGAGAGAAGAAAAAUUAUGGUCCCUUCUUUAUGAUUGCCUGUGGGUCCUUUUGUCUGAAUGUGUGGUGGAUUGGAUCAAACAUGCAUUCAUCACUCGGUUUAAUGAAUUGCCAGUCGAUGUUUAUCGGGAUUACUCUCUGAGUCUUGCGUAUGAUGUAGCUCAAACAAGACAGCAUAAUGCAUUCACUGAUCAUUCAGAUCUGGUUGCAAGAAGGAUGGGUUUUAUUCCUCUGCCAUUGGGUGUGGUUAUGGUACGAGUUCUUGCUUCAGCAAUCAGUGUACAAACACCCUCUGCACUGUUUCUGGUCUUACUCGGCUUUUUAUGUCUUACUUCAACGAGAAUCAUCAAUAGCAUCUUUAUACUUGGCAAAGCUUGUGAUCUCAUCAGUGAACAUCAUGAAAAAACUUCUUCAUCAGAGUCAUCGCGGAUCCGAAUCAUCCGUGACACUGCAACGAGUCCAAUCCACCCUCCAAGUAGCAAUACAAAAUCCAAUGAUCAUUUCACUAAUGCAGUCAAUGAAAACUUGGGCGUCGCUCCAAUUUUCUCCAACUCUACAGUUAAUAUAAAUGAUGUUUGCCUGAACAAGGAGCUUUUACGUGAAGAAGAUGAGAAUCCUCUGCUACCUGAACCAACUUCAUAUAGUCUUAAAUCUUCCCAGACUUCGUUACCCGGUGCAGUUUUGUUGAACAGCGUUCCAACCUCGGCUGGAUCAGAGCCAGCCUUAAAUCUAUGACACGGGCAGAAAGGGGGGGUAGUUGUAAGUAGAAUUUUUAAGUUCACUAAGGAUAGAGCCAAAAAGUUGACCAAACUAGCUUCAGUUUCAGAACUGAACACAUGAUGUUGAAGGGGUUAUGAUCUGAAAGUGAUCGAACGUGAAUUAUGUGUAAUUCUCUUUGAAGAAAAUUUUAAAUUUUGGCUCAUGGGCUCCUUCUCUCAGUUUUUCUAUGAUUUGAUCCAAAUUUUAUAAGCGCUACUUAGUUUGCACAUUCUCUAGAUUUCUUCUGCAAUUUUCUACAAAUUUUCAUGGAAAGAUUCUAUAGCAAUGAAGGUUUUUGCUUUGGCUGUAAACUCAUCAGUUGUGUAGUUUGACAAUUUUUUAGAAUGUGUUUCAAACUAUGUAAUCUAUUUUCAAUUGCCAGUUGCAGAAUUUAAAGGCUAUUCAAAUUUUGAAAGCUAAGUAAAUGUACUUUUUUAAUUAUGUUGGUUCCUUUUGUCAAAGUUGUUCUUUGGAGAGAAAGAAAGAAAAAAAAUUUGAUGGGUCGUAAAAAAUUGCAACUUUACAAUAAAAAUUUAAGUAGCUGAUAAAACAUUCCUCCUCAUCCUGAUUUUUUUUAUGGAUUUUAUCUCUUAGGCCGAAGGCUUGUGUUGAUAAAUUUGAUUUGUGAAUUAUAUCAGUUGAUCAUAUCCUCUGUUCUGUCAUAAGUUGCAAGAAACUGGGAAACCUAUCUUCCUUGCAUGCAACAGCCUGCUUAUUAAAACCUAGUUUAUCAGAUCCCUGAUUUAUCGAUCUUUGAAGCAAAAUUGCCAGCAAUGGAUGACUCUAGGAUAUAUUUUUUGCAGAUACAUUGAACAAUUGUAUGACAGAUGACAGAAGGAGAUACCUCGUGAAUAAUUAACUGAGUAAAAUUGUGAUGCGCUAUUCCUAUCUGCAAAGUUUGAGAAGGAAAGGGAGAAAUUUUUUUAAAAAAA